AUGUCCAGCCCUUCCAAAGAAGAAGCCGGGCUGAACACGCCGCCCAAGAACAACAGCCUUGAGAACACUGCACCCAAAAUUGAAGCACGAUUCGAGAACGAUCAGAAGGUAGAAGCCCCGAAGCUAUCGAACCAGGAGCAGAAAGUUCCCAAACCCUGGACUGGCUCUAAUAUCGAAGAUCCCGACAAAGAGUUGGUAUUACUCAUCAAAGAUGAAAUCCGUGUUUUUCGCUCACUGUUGCGCGAGGGUGAAGAAGAACAAUUUCAAAAGUUUUUCGGGGCUUGGAUACAAGAAGAUAUGGAGAAGCGCAAGAAACAUACCCAGGAAACAAAGACGCAGGAGCCGACUGUGGGAACACAGGAAGACGUCGAAGAGGGGAAGCAAACAGAUGAUGCAGUACUCCCCCGAAACUGA